GUGGCAUCGGCGGAAACGGCCGUGGAUCGCCGAGCUCGCUUGCUCGCUCACUCUCCCGCCCGCUCCGACGCGACGGCCGCGGCAGUUGCAUGUCGGAUUUUGUGCCGCGCGUGUUUCGCCCCGCGGCUGCUGCUGGUUCCGCUCGCCGAGACGGUGAGUAAAGCUCAAGAUGGAGAACCAGCAAGUGUGGGUACGAGAUCCCCAAGAGGGUUUCAUCAUCGCCAAAUUCACGGACAUGGUGGAUGGGGACGCUCUGAUCAUUCCGCUCGAUCCGAGAUACCCACAGCGCACCUGUCCGUUAGACGAGGUGUAUCCUGCCGGCGAAUACACCAAAGAUGUCGAGGAUAACUGUGCUCUGAUGUACCUGAACGAGGCCACGCUGCUGAACAAUAUACGCUCUCGUUACUUCAAGGACAGGAUAUACACUUACGUCGCCAACAUCCUGAUAGCUGUGAAUCCGUAUUGCGAGGUGAAGGAUCUUUACUCGCCGCAGACUAUCAAGGCUUAUCAGGGAAAGUCCCUGGGCGAAACGCCGCCGCACGUCUUUGCCAUCGGCGACAAAGCGUUCAGAGACAUGAAAGUGCUGAAACAAUCCCAGAGCAUUAUCGUAUCCGGUGAAUCGGGAGCGGGAAAGACCGAGUCGACCAAGUAUUUGCUACGGUAUCUCUGUGAUCUCUGGGGUUCCACGGCCGGACCAAUUGAGCAAAAGAUCCUCGACGCGAAUCCGGUGCUGGAGGCGUUCGGCAAUGCCAAGACGAAACGCAACAACAACAGCUCGCGCUUCGGCAAAUUCAUGGAAGUGCACUUUGACUCCAAGUGCCAGGUGGUCGGUGGCUACAUCUCCCAUUACCUCUUGGAGAAGUCCCGGGUCUGCUUGCAGAGCCCGGACGAGAGGAACUACCAUGUGUUUUACAUGAUGUGCGCCGGCGCGCCGGCCGAUCUACGCGCGAAAUUGGGAAUCACUAAGCCGGACGACUUCCAUUACCUGAGAAAUGGCUGCACCCAGUACUUUUGCAACGCGAGCUCGGAGAAGCGGCUGAAUGAGGCGCAGAAGAGCCGCGAGCAGAGCCAGAAGGGCAGCCUGCACGAUCCCAUCUUGGACGAUGUCGAAGGAUUCAACGCUAUCGAUCAGGCAUUCACUCGACUCGGUCUGACGGAUGCUGAACGCAUGGAGAUCUACACGAUGGUGGCGGCGGUGCUGCAUCUCGGCAAUAUCACGUUCGAGGAUAAUCCUGAGGACACCAAAGGCGGCUCCAGGAUAACCGGCAGCUCGGAAAAGGCGGUCAUGGCGUCCGCGAAAUUGCUGGGAGUGGACCCGGAGGAGUUGCGACAGGCCCUGGUCUCGAAGGUCAUGCAGACCAGUCGGGGUGGCAUUAAAGGGACGGUCAUUAUGGUGCCGUUGAAGGUUUACGAGGCCAAUAACGCCAGGGACGCGCUAGCCAAGGCCAUUUACAGCAAAUUAUUCGACCACAUCGUCGCGCGAAUUAACAAGAGUAUACCCUUCAAAGCUUCGAGCUACUAUAUCGGCGUGUUGGACAUCGCAGGAUUCGAAUAUUUCAAGGUCAACAGCUUCGAGCAGUUUUGCAUAAACUAUUGCAACGAGAAGCUGCAGCAAUUCUUUAACGAGCGAAUAUUGAAGUACGAGCAGGACCUUUAUGCCCGAGAGUCGUUAAACGUGCCGAAAAUCUCCUACGUCGACAAUCAAGACUGCAUAGAUUUAAUUGAAUCGAGGAACACGGGUAUCUUCAGCUUGCUGGACGAGGAAUCGAAACUGCCGACUCACAGUUUCGCGCAUUUCACCAGCGAGGUUCACCGAGCCUGGAGCGGUCAUUUCCGCAUCACUUUACCGCGAACGUCACGACUGAAGGCUCAUCGAGAAUUACGAGACGACGAGGGCUUCGUGAUUCGCCAUUACGCCGGCGGUGUCUGCUAUCAAACGAAUCAAUUCAUCGAGAAGAACAACGAUGCACUGCAUGCUUCUUUGGAAGCACUUAUUCAGGAAAGUGGCAAUAAAUUCCUCAGGACACAAUUCGCCAAUUAUUCCUCUCAGAAGGGGAAACUAACCUUCAUCAGCGUCGGCAGUAAAUUCAAGACUCAGUUGGGUGAAUUAAUGGACAAGUUGAAGAGUAAUGGAACAAAUUUCAUAAGGUGCAUCAAGCCGAACAACGACAUGGUCGCUCAUCAAUUUGAUGGCAAUAGUAUUCUGAGCCAGCUGCGUUGCUCGGGCAUGACGUCGGUGCUGGAACUGAUGGAACACGGUUAUCCUAGCCGAGUGCCUUUCCACGAGCUCUAUAAUAUGUACAAAUCUUAUCUUCCACCGGAACUCGCCAAACUGGAUCCCAGAUUCUUCUGUGAAGCGCUACUUCAUAGUUUGAAACUGAACCAGAAAGACUUCAAGUUCGGCAUUACUAGAGUCUUCUUCAAGCCGGGAAAGUUUGCGGAAUUCGACAGGAUUAUGAAAUCCGAUCCUGAGAAUUUACGCAAGCUGGUCGCUGACGUGAAAAAAUGGCUGCUUAAGUCGCGAUGGAAUAAAAUGCAGUUCUGUGCCCUGUCGGUGAUCAAACUGAAGAACAAGAUCAUCUAUCGACGACAGCAUCUGAUCGUUUUGCAGAAGACGGUGAGGAUGUAUUUUGAGAAGAAGAGGCAUCGGCCAAGGAUUCGCGGCAUGAUGAAGAUUAGGAAUCUGAAGAAGCAACUGAUACGAAUGGAGGAAACCGCGAGUCAGUUGAAAAAUCGUGAAAAGUCGUCGCGAGACAUGAAGAGGCUUGAGAACGAUUUCGAGAUGGCUAUGGAUAAAAUUAAACGCAACCCGAGGAUAACACCGACAGAGAUCGAUGGGCUUUACAUGUCGCUGGUGAAUCAGAUGAACAGACAAAUGGCUGAUUUACAAAAUAUGAUGAAACAAGAGAAAGUCGCCGAAGAACAGGCGAGACUUAAAAAGAUUCAACAGGAGCUUGAACUGGAGAAGAAGCGAAAAGAGGAAGAAGAACGUAAAAAGAGAGAGGAGGAAGAGCACAGGAAAAAGAAAUUCGAGAUGGAAGCUAGAAGAAAAAUCGAGGAGGAACAAAGGAGGAAGCAGGAAGAAGAAGAUCAAAAGACCGCGGUUGCGCUUCAGGCUCAACUGCAGAAGGAAGCUAUGGAGGAGACUCGGUAUCGGGAAUUGCUCGAGCAAGAAAGAAGAGACCACGAAUUGGCAGUCAGACUCGCUAAAGAAUCGAACGGACAAGUGGAGGAUUCUCCGCCACCUAUGCGAAGUGGCUCCGACGUGCGAGUACCGACAAACAACAACAGGCUGAUAAGAUCGGAACAGGUGCGCAAUCAUCAAGCAGCCAUGAGCAACAAGAAGUACGAUCUGUCCAAGUGGAAGUACUCCGAGCUACGAGAUGCGAUUAAUACGUCCUGCGACAUAGAGUUGCUGGAGGCUUGCCGUCACGAGUUUCAUCGUAGACUAAAAGUUUAUCACGCUUGGAAGGCGAGAAAUCGCAGGAGGACUACCAUGGACGAGAAUGAGAGAGCACCAAAAUCCAUCAUGGAAGAGGCUGCGAAAACACCGAGGACACCGCUGAAGCAGCAGAUAGUCGAAUCGUCGCAAAGAUACUUCAGAAUCCCGUUUGUUCGUUCCUCUGCGGCAGGUCAGCAGGAUAAUAUACACGGUGGUGGCAAAAGAGGAUGGUGGUACGCUCACUUCGACGGUCAAUACGUAGCGCGGCAGAUGGAGCUUCAUCCUGAUAAACCGCCGAUACUUCUCGUAGCAGGUAUUGACGACAUGCAGAUGUGCGAAUUGAGCCUGGAUGAGACCGGAUUGACGAGGAAACGCGGCGCCGAGAUCUUGGAGUACGAAUUUAAUCGCGAGUGGGAAAGGUACGGCGGUAAGCCGUACUUACCGCCGUGCGACCGCAAGAAGUGAAGAUCUCCCGUAGAAGAAUCGUCUGUUCGCGUCGUUGCCGUAUAAAUCAACGCGGGAAGUUCACGAUGGCGCUUACGUAUAUUAUAGUAUUUACAUUCGAUGCGAGAAAACGUAUCGGCGAUUCUGUGCCUUGCGAAGUGUGCCUUACGCAUUGUUCGGCACGGAUUACAAGUAUGUAAUUUAUAUAUUACGUCGUAGCUAUAUUAAUGCAAGAGUCUUUCCAUUGAUAUAAUCAGCGAAUAUCUGACAAACGAUCCUAUUCCGUGGAAUCUAGCUUUUACCAACGAUUACGAGUCGAUCCGUAUUCCGAGACACUUUCGGUGAAAUUGCAAUGACAAACGUUAUACGGAACGUACGUCGAGGAUCUGUAAUAAGAGAGAACGCGCCUAAGAUCAUGCGAUUUGUAUUAACUCCUCCGAUUUAUUUAAUUCGUUAGAGAUACUAGCGUCUUUAAACAUUUAUAGAUUUGUAGCCGUAAAUCGAAUAUGACAGAUAUAGCCGAGGUUCUUUGUAUUAAGCUUGAGCAUCGUUAGCAUGCACUUCUGAGUUACAUAGAGAUAAUUUCGUCAUUUAUAUGAUUCGUUUACGCAUUUAGCAGUGAUAACAUUUAGAUCUCGGCUGAUGCAUUGCGAUAGAUCGGCCCGAGUAACUAGUAAAGUUCGUAGAAAAAAAGACGCGAAGAAACAAUGUACGCCGCAACAGAAAAGCAUUUUGGAAAAUAAACGAAGUGAUGUAUGAUA